AUUUAUAGUAAUCGUGAGUCUUGUGCAUGAGUGCCGCGUUACCGCGUACACGUGAUUGAAAUCGUUCUCAAUAUUUAAAGUACACACUUAUUUAACUAUUUGAAGAUUAAUCGACAUAAAUAAUGGGUAAACCAGGAUUUUCACCAGCUGGAGGUGGUGGUGGAGGUGGCGGAUUCAGAGGACGAGGCGGUAGUGGUGGUGGAGGCCGUGGUUUUGGCGGACGUGGAACACCACGUGGAGGCAGCGGUGGCCGAGGAGGUUUUGGUGGACGUGGAGGUAGCGGAGGCAGAGGAGGCUUUGGUGGAAGAGGAACACCUCGAGGAGGAAGUGGUGGUCGAGGAGGACGUGGAGGAGGUCGCGGAGGUAGAGGAGGUGGUGGUUUCAAAGGAGGAAAAACUGUCGUCGUAGAACCACAUCGUCACGAAGGAGUAUUUAUUGCCAGAGGUAAAGAAGACGCGCUGGUUACUUUGAAUUUGGUACCUGGUUCAGAAGUUUAUGGAGAAAAAAGAAUAAGCGUUGAUGGUGAGAAUGGAGAAAAAACUGAAUACAGAGUAUGGAAUCCGUUCAGAUCAAAGCUUGCAGCUGCGAUCCUUGGCGGAGUUGAUCAAAUCCACAUGCCUCCGGGUAGUAAAGUUUUAUAUCUUGGUGCUGCUUCCGGAACGACCGUCUCUCACGUUGCUGAUAUUGUUGGACCGGAAGGUCUCGUGUACGCAGUAGAAUUUUCACACAGAUCUGGUAGAGAUCUUAUUAACGUCGCUAAAAAACGAACGAAUAUUAUUCCAAUCAUCGAAGAUGCGAGACAUCCUCAUAAAUACAGAAUGUUAGUUGGAAUGGUAGAUACUAUUUUUGCUGAUGUUGCUCAGCCUGACCAAGCGAGAAUCGUUGGUUUGAAUGCUCAAUAUUUCUUAAAAAAUAGCGGACAUUUUGUUAUUUCUAUUAAGGCUAGUUGUAUAGACUCAACAGCUCAACCAGAAGCAGUAUUUGCUGCAGAAGUCAAAAAACUCGUUGCAGAUAAAUUAAAGCCACAAGAGCAAAUCACACUUGAACCAUAUGAAAGAGAUCACGCGGUUGUUGUCGGUGUUUUUAGGCCACCGCCUAAAAUCGCCGCUUAAAUAUUGUAUAAUUUUUAAGAUAAAUUAAUUUAAGGAUAUAAUUAUUAUUAUUAAAAAAUACAAAAUUUUUUGUAAAUCACAUACAUAACAUUUCACAAUUAUUUUUUUUAAAUCCUAUCAAAAAAAAUUUUGAUACUAGACAAUAAGAAAAGAAAUAUUUAAAUCAAUAAAAUAUUUUUUAUUGUUUAACUUA